AUGAUGGAAAAAAAGGAUCCCAUUACGGAAUUGAGCGAGCAAAAGGCCACAACUCUCGAUGCAGUCCUUCUGGACUCGACAUAUAACCUGUCCCUGCGAGCAGUCGAGCCCGUCGAUGUGAAAGUCGACGGUCUGUCCCUCGACAUCGAUACAUCUCCAUCAAUAUGGAAGAGAUCUCCUGUCCAGUUUUGGCGCGGCCUCCGCGGCCAGAAACUCGAUAGCCAUUCGAAAACUGUCCUCCAAGACGUGGGGGCUGAUAUGCCGAGUGGCAGUUUGACCGCAAUCAUCGGCAGUAGUGGAUCAGGCAAAACGUCUCUGCUGAACCUGAUGGCCAAUCGAAUGUCUCUCUCUCGAGCCAAAGUUACGGGAACGACCACCUUCAACGGCGACACAGAUAUCGAAAGCGUUCGCAGCGCCUAUGUCAUGCAGGAGGACGUCCUGAUACCGACGUUGACUGUUCGUGAAACUCUCCGAUAUUCGGCAGAUCUUCGAUUGCCGCCUCCCAUCACCCAAAAAGAACGAUAUGCUAUCGUCGAGCAGGCAAUUCUUGAACUAGGGCUGAAGGAGUGUGCCGACACGCGUAUCGGAACAACAGCCCAUAAAGGAUGCAGCGGUGGCGAGAAGCGACGGACUAGUAUCGGCGUGCAGCUGCUUGCAAACCCGUCUGUGUUGUUUUGUGAUGAACCAACGACAGGCCUCGACGCAACCAGUGCUUUCCAAAUCAUCCGGACGUUAAAACGACUAGCACGAGAUGGCCGAACGGUGAUAAUCUCGAUACAUGCACCUCGAUCAGAAAUAUGGAGCCUCUUCGACAAUGUAAUUCUGUUGGCGAGAGGCUCGCCACUGUACAGUGGUCCCGUGGACGCGUCAAUAUCCCAUUUCGAGCAAUGUGGCCACGGUCUUCCCCCGUUCGUGAACCCUGCCGAGUUUCUCAUCGAUCUCGCUGCUAUCGAUAACCGCAGUGAAACUCUGGAAGCUGCGUCGUAUGUUCGAGUAGAUCAGCUGCGAGAGAUGUGGCGAUCGAAAACAGCAAAGGAGGAAGCUGCCGAGAAGAACCUCAGCGUGCCGGCAGCAGGCCGAGGGGAGAAAAGAGGCAUGCAAAAAGUCUCGUUCCGUCGACAGUUUGAUGUGUUGACAUCGCGGACUUUCGUCACCACGAUUCGUGAUCCAAUGGGCUUGGCCGGCAGCUUGCUUGAGGCAGUUGGUAUGGCUGUGAUAAAUGGAUGGAUCUUUUUACAGCUCGACGAAAGCCAAGCAGGUAUCCGUUCCCGACAAGGUAGCCUGUAUACCGCCAGCAGUCUGAAUGGGUAUCUUAUUCUCUUGUAUGAGACCUACCGGCUGACAAUCGACAUUCGCCUUUUCGAUCGAGAGCGCAAUGAAGGCGUCGUUGGGGUUCCUGCUUUCCUGCUCAGCCGCCGCGUUGCACGGUUUCCGCUUGAAGAUUUGCCAGUGCCGCUGCUGUUUGCCGUCAUCUUCUACUUCAUGGUUGGUUACCGAAUUGACGCCGCACAGUUUUUCAUCUUCUUUGUUUUGACGUUGUUGACGCACUAUACGGCCGUCACAUUUGCUGCCGUAUCAAUUGGCAUUGCACGAAAUUUCUCUGGAGCUAGCCUCGUGGGCAAUCUGUGCUUCACGCUACAAUCCUUCACAUGCGGAUUCUUUGUCCAAUCGCAGCAGAUACCAGUCUACACGAGGUGGCUCAAAUGGUGCGCCUACACCUUUUACAUAUUCGGAGCCUUGAGUGCAAAUGAAUUCAUCGGACCCGAAGGAUCAGAGCUCGGUCAAUUCUAUGACUGCCCGUAUUCCGAUAACCCUCUGAGCCCAGAGUGCAAGGAAUACACUGGACGAUACAUCAUGGAAAGUCUAGGUCUACCGUCCAAUUGGAUUUGGCGACCUAUUGUGGUGCUCGUGGCAUUUACCAUUGGGCAUUCCAUCGCAGCCGCUCUGCUGUUGCAGUACAAUCGUUUCGCCAUCGAUAUCGCCCAGGCUCGUCAGUCGGAGUCAGAUCCAUCUGCAGGAAAGGCGAAAAUUGCGAUUCGUCCUGCGGAGGAGGUGCGGCGGGUGGCCAUAUCGCUGGAUAAGUAUGCUCUGGAGGUACGAAAGCGACGGCUGCCAUGGAAAGAAUCAUUCAAGCUCCAGAUCCUGCGACCCAUUACCGCCGAGUUCCAACCAGGCCAGCUGAAUAUCAUUAUGGGACCAUCUGGCAGCGGGAAGACAUCGUUACUGAAUUCGAUGGCCUGUCGACUUCACGGCUCUACGGGAACACAGUACCGUGUGCACGGGCAGAUGCUGUACAAUGGAGCGGAGCCAUCUGAAAGCGUAAUUCGCUCAGUAACAUCAUUCGUGACACAGGACGACGAUGCCCUGAUGCCAUCCUUGACCGUCCGUGAGAGUCUCCGUUUUGCAGCUGGGCUGCGACUACCGACAUGGAUGUCUCGCGAAGAGAAGUAUCACAGGGCUGAGGAGAUUCUCUACAAGAUGGGACUCAAAGAAUGUGCUGAUAACCUAAUUGGUAGCGAUCUGAUCAAGGGGAUCAGUGGUGGUGAAAAGCGUCGCGUCACCAUUGCAAUCCAGAUCCUCACUGACCCAAAGGUGCUUCUGUUGGACGAGCCAACGUCGGGUCUCGACGCUUUCACGGCAAUGUCCAUCAUCGAAGUUCUUCAAGCUCUCGCAGCUGAAGGCCGUACGCUGGUAAUGACGAUUCACCAGUCACGCUCAAGUCUUUUCGAUAAUUUCUCGCAAGUCUUGCUCUUGGCUCGCGGUGGAUAUCCUGUCUAUGCCGGUCCAGGGCAGGAGAUGUUGGCACAUUUCGCAGCCGCUGGUCAUGAAUGUCCGCGCACAACCAAUCCAGCUGACUUCGUUUUGGAUCUGAUCACUGUCGACCUCCAACAGGAAGAUCGCGAGAUCAUGACCCGCGAGCGCGUGAGAAAGCUGAUUGCUAGCUGGGCCGAUGCAACUCUUCAACUGGGGCGAGCGGCUUCCAAGAUUGCAACUCCGGCAGAGCUGGGCAGUCUUCGUCGUCAGAUGCUGCCAUUCCACAUUACCUUCCCCCUUGUACUGUAUCGGUCAUUCCUCAAUUUCUGGCGGCAGCCGCCCUUGGUGAUGGCGCGGUCUAUGCAGAUUGUCGGAAUAGCGAUUAUCAUGGCGCUAUUUUUUGCACCAUUGAAGAAUGACUAUCCUUCUGUUCAAUCACGAAUGGGGUUUAUUCAGGAAUUUGCGGCCUUGUACUUUGUCGGCAUGCUCCAAAACAUCGCCAUCUAUCCGAACGAGCGCGAUGUCUUCUAUCGAGAAGAAGCCGACAACUGCUAUUCAGCAGAGACUUUCAUCCUCUCCUAUACCACCAUAGAAGUGCCCUUCGAGAUCGCCUCGGCCCUGCUGUUCGGCGUGCUAGCUGCAUACGCAGACAACCUCAAGCGCAGUGUGCAAAUGUUCCUCAUUAGCUCCUUCAACUGCUUUUGCAUCAUCAGCUGUGGCGAGUCGGUGGGAAUCAUGUUCUGCACUCUCUUCUCGCACGUCGGGUUUGCCGUUAACGUAACAUCGAUCUUACUUUCCAUUUCGACGAUUCUCGGCGGCGUCAUGAGUUUGAAUGUGAACGAUGUCCUGCAAGGAAUCAACCAUCUUUCUCCGAUCAAAUACGCCAUUGCCAACCUGGCCCCGUACUCUUUGCAUGGGCAGCAAUUCUACUGUUCUGCUUCACAACGGCUGGCGAAUGGGAAGUGUCCUAUUGAAACAGGUGAUCAAAUCUUGGAUCUUUAUAACCUGAACAAGUCAGGCCCGAUGAAUAUCAUGGCCUUGGGCGUAUGCACCAUCAUCUACCGGUUUGUGGCAUAUGCGUUUCUCCGGGCGAUGCGAUCACACCGGUUGAUGGAGCGCUGGCGUGAAUGGCGACGGGUUCGACGAGCGAACAGCACCUGA